AUGGCGAACCAGGCAACCUUGGAAAAGCCCACGGGCGAGUACCGCCAGUAUCUACCAGACCUCAGCCUGAAGCGCUUCGAGGUGAUGUGCCAGCAAGAUGCACACGAAUAUGCCCAUGAUUUCAAGACAGGACAUCAGCCGCCCUGGCUGCAUGCGCUGUACAUGCAUUGGUUGGAUCUAUUGCAGGAGCCGUUCAAGGGUGUUACUACGGAUGGAACCGUCCGCCCAGAUCUAUUCACGCUCCAAGACGAAGAAGUGCCCAUCCAACAAAUCGUCGACGCAACCAACGCAGUCACAGCCCAACUAACCGACUCCCAAAAAGAAGCCAUAAACUACCACAUCGACUCCCCCCACUGGCGCACAUGGUCCAAUCCCGAAUUCCUACUCGCCCACAAAGGAAUCCGCCUGGACGAAGUCACCCCUCAAAUCCGCGACGCAGUAAUGACCGUCCUCAAGACCACGCUCUCGCCCGAAGGCUACGACAAGGCCGUCAGCGCCAUGCGCAUCAACCACUUCCUCGGCGAGCUGGUCAACUCCACCCGCGUGAUGAACGAAUUCAGCUACAACUUUGUCCUCUUCGGCAAACCCUCCACAACCAGGCCCUGGGGCUGGUCAUUCUACGGCCACCACCUGUGUCUCAACAUCUUCCUGUACAAGGGCCAGAUCAUCGCCUCGCCGUGGUUCACCGGCGCAGAGCCGAACGAGAUUGACGCCGGCCCGCAUGCCGGCACGCGCAUCAUGCAGCUCGAGGAAAAGCUCGGCCUGCAGCUGAUGCAGUCUCUUUCGGCCGAGUUGCAAUCCUCGGCUCGGGUCUUUGCGCUCAUGAAGGAUCCAGCUAUGCCGCCGGGUCGCUGGAACAAGGAUGACCAGCGACACUUGUGUGGCGCGUAUCGGGAUAACCGGGAAGUGCCAUACGAGGGCAUUCUGGCGUCGACUUUUAGCGACGAGCAGAAGGGUCUAAUGUAUGGGAUUCUGGAGCAGUAUUUGCUGUAUCUGCCUGCGAAAUCGCGGGCGUUGAAGAUUGAGCAGAUUCGGGCUCAUGAGGAGGAGACGUAUUUCUGUUGGAUUGGUGGAUUUGGCGAUGAAGAUCCGUUCUAUUAUCGCAUCCAGAGCCCGGUUAUUCUUGUGGAGUUUGAUCAUCAUUCUGGGGUUUUCUUGAAUAAUGAGGAGCCGAAGAAGUUCCAUAUUCAUACGCUGUUGAGGACGCCUAAUGGCGGUGAUUAUGGAUACGCGUUACGGCCUUUGAUUCCUGCUGUUGAAGGGUUGAAUGGGAAAGAGAUUGUUUGGUAG